CUGCUUACCAACACAACGCGGAGUGCAUCAGGCGACUCAAUUUCCGACAAGUUUGAUAUUUUUACGGGGGAAAUACAUAUAUAUUUAAAGAUAACCCGGCAUGUCAGACCAAGACGAAGGGGAGCAGGGCCCCAAGAGCUCGUUUACCACCUACAUUGCGGAAGGCGAUCAGCUGUAUCAGAAGGGGGAGCAUGUCAAAGCCAUCGAAAGCUAUACCACGGCACUGUCGCUGCAGCCUGACGACAGGAACUGCCUGGUGGCUCGGUCGCGCUGCUAUUUGAAGAUGGGAGACCCAGAGAAAGCACUGAAGGACGCGGAGUCGUCCCUCAAGGAAGACAACGAGUUCUUCAAGGGUCUUUAUCAGAAAGCAGAGGCUCUGUACGCAAUGGGAGACUUUGAAUUUGCUUUGGUGUUUUAUCAUCGGGGACACAAACUGCGCCCGGAGCUCCAGGAAUUCAGACUGGGCAUCCAAAAAGCACAGGAGGCAAUCGAUAAUUCUGUAGGAAGCCCUUCAUCUGUGAAGCUGGAAAACAAAGGAGACCUGUCUUUCUUCCAUAAAAAGGAUGAGGUCAAGAAAGGGAAGCCUAAGGAAGCGGUCAGGCCCCUGAAGAGGGAGCAGAAGCAGCAGAGUAAGAAGGAGAGUCCGAAGACGGAGAAGACAGCGAGGCAGCUGCUUGGCGAGCUGUACAGCGACAAAGAGUACCUGGAGAAGCUGCUGAAAGAUGAAGAUUUGAUCAAGGGGAACCUGCGGAGCGGGAUGAAGGUCCAGGACCUCAUCCUCGGCGGCAUCGCCUACCUGGACACCCGCACGGAAUUCUGGAGGCAGCAGAAGCCCAUCUACGCCCGGGAGCGGGACCGCAAGCUGAUGCAGCAGAAGUGGAACAAGACCCGGCAGAACAAGCCCUGCGACCCCACCGGAUACAUCCUGAGGAGCCUUGAGGAGAUCGACAUGGCUCUGGCUGCGGGCAACGCGGAGGGGAGCUGCAAAAAAACGCGGCAGGUCCUGCACACGGUCCAGGCCUGGUCCGACGAGCACGUGCCGAACAAGAGGGAGGUGAUGGGUAACCUGUACAGCUGCAUGGGGAACGCCCUGAUCGAGAUGGGGGACAUGGACGGAGCGCUGGACAACCACAAGAGGGACCUGGACAUUGCCAAGGAGAACAAUCUUCCAGAAGCAAAAUCCAGGGCUUUGGACAACAUUGGUCGAGUGUACGCCAGGAUUGGAAAAUUCCCACAAGCCAUAGAAGCCUGGGAGGAGAAGAUCCCUCUGGCCAAGACGAGCCUGGAGAAGACGUGGCUGUUCCACGAGAUCGGGCGCUGCCACCUGGAGCUGGGCCACCACGCGGUGGCGCGGGAUUACGGCGACCGGUCGCUGGCAGCGGCCCUGGAGACGGGGGACAGCGAGUGGCAGCUGAACGCCAGCGUCCUGGUGGCUCAGUCCGAUGUGAAACUGGGCAACUUCCCGUCUGCCGUGACGUCCUUCCAGAAGGCGCUCGAGAUCGCCAAGCUCCUGAAAGAUGAUGCAGCUCAGCAGGCCGUCCAGAAGGCUCUUAAUGAUGCUGCAAAACACACCACUGGUGAGCCGAAAGCAGAUCAGAGCACAGCUGAAAAGAUGGCUGACGAUGAUGGAGUGAAUGUGAGAGAGCAAAUGAAAGAGAAGAUGGAGGUUAACGAAGACUGAAAAGGAAACUUUUCAGGAACUUAUGAAAAAAUAACAUUUUAUAUCCCAAUUUUUCAGUCCUUUCUAUGCUGUGUCAUUCUCAUUUUAGUUGCAGCCAUUCCCUCUGAUAUAUAUAUAUAUUUAAUACUUCCUUUUCAUUGUGAUAUCAUUUAUCCUUUGGUUUCUGCUACACCGAGACGCGUGUGUUUAUGGACACUGGUGUUUAUGACUGACCAGCUCUUUGUGCCAUGCCCCAGAACAGGCAGUCAGACUGGACUCUGGCACUGGUAACAUAAGUUUAAUUCCAAGUUGGAAAAAAGUAGAAAGAAGCAAGAACACAACAUUUUGGCUGUACAGCCACAUGCAUACAUGUACGGACCUGCACAAGGCUUCAUAGCUGAGUCUUUGUGCUUUCUUCUUUCUUUCUACGUUUCAGUGAAGAGCUGAUCUCUGCUUGCUCCUCUCCAGCUCGCACACUGGCACAGCGCCCCACUCUCCAGGGGAGUGCCUGUGAGGGUGGGUUUGUCCUACUGGGCUUCUCUGUUGCUGACUGCUGUUAAGGAACCGUACAGAAAGAGUUUCACAAUGGGUUACGUGUCUAUCCCUGCGUACGUCUGUUUGUUAUUGCUACGGAACACCACGGGCUGAUGAACGCAAGACUUGGCCUUAUCAUCCAAAUAAAAAAGUACAGUAUGA